GGUCCUGGAAAUUCCCUGGAAAUUUUGCUCCCAGGUACUAUCUCGCCAGAGUUAUUUAUGGUAACUUGCAGCUACAGGACAAGGUCCACAUGGACAAACUUUCCCAUCCCCAACUUGUCAAGUUCUCCCAAAAGCUCUCUUCUGGCAGCCAGAAAACAGUGUAUCCAGAGCUCAACCUGGAAGAGCACAACCAUGGUGCUCUGGGGGCCAGUGCUGGGAGCCCUGCUGGUGGCCAUUGUCGGGUGCAUGUGGCUGCUGGGGAUGCUCCGGCAACGAAGACCCAGGGAACCCCCUCUGGAUAAGGGCUCCAUUCCCUGGCUGGGCCAUGCCAUGGCUUUCCGGAAGAAUAUGUUUGAAUUUCUGAAGCACAUGCGGGCCAAGCACGGGGAGAUAUUCACAGUGCAGCUAGGGGGUCAGUACUUCACCUUUGUCAUGGACCCCCUUUCCUUUGGCCCCAUCCUCAAGGAUGCACAGAGAAAACUAGAUUUUGUGGAAUACGCAGAAAAAUUGGUGCUAAAGGUAUUUGGCUACCGCUCCGUGCAGGGAGACUACCGGAUGAUUCACUCAGCCAGCACCAAGCACCUCAUGGGGGAUGGCUUGGAGGAGCUCAACAGAGCCAUGCUGGACAGCCUGUCCUUGGCUAUGCUGGGGUCCACCGGCCCAAGUCCGGAUGCCAGCUGCUGGCAUGAGGAUGGCCUCUUUCGCUUCUGCUACAACAUCCUGUUCAAGGCCGGCUACCUGAGCUUGUUCGGCUACACAAAGGACAAGAAGCAGGAACUGCUCCAGGCGGAGGAGUUAUUUGUGGAGUUUCGUAAAUUCGAUCGCCUGUUCCCCAGGUUUGUCUACUCCCUGCUGGGGCCCCGGGAGUGGCUAGAAGUGGGCCGGCUCCAGCGUCUCUUCCACAAGGCACUCUCUGUGGAACACAACCUGGAGAAAUGUGGCAUAAGCAACUGGAUAACCUACAUGCUGCAGUUUCUGAGGGAGCAGGGAGUAGUCCCAGCCAUGCAGGACAAGUUCAACUUCAUGAUGCUCUGGGCCUCCCAGGGUAACACGGGGCCUACCUCUUUCUGGGCCCUCCUGUUCCUUCUGAAGCACCCAGAGGCCAUGCGGGCUGUAAGGGAGGAGGCCACCCAGGUCCUGGGGGAGGCCAGGCUGGAGGCUGGGAAGUCCUUCGACUUCAACAUCAGCGCCCUGCACCAAAUGCCAGUGUUGGACAGUGUGAUGGAAGAGACACUGCGGCUGGGGGCUGCGCCCACCCUCCUCAGGGUGGUGAACAAUGACCACAUCCUGAAGAUGUCCAAUGGGCAGGACUACCUGCUCCGCAGUGGAGACAUCCUGGCCCUCUUCCCUUAUCUCUCAGUGCACAUGGACCCUGACAUCCACCCUGAGCCAACUACCUUCAAGUACGAUCGCUUUCUCACUCCCAGUGGCAGCCGAAAAGUAGACUUCUACAAGGCAGGCAAGAAGAUCCACCACUACACCAUGCCAUGGGGCUCGGGCGUCUCUAUCUGCCCUGGCAGGUUCUUGGCCCUCAGUGAGAUGAAGCUGUUUGUCCUGCUCAUGGUCACACACUUUGACCUGGAGCUGGUGGACCCUGACACACCUGUCCCACCUGUGGACCCCCAGCGCUGGGGCUUUGGCACUACACAGCCCAGCCACGAGGUGCGCUUCCGCUACCGCCUGCGGCCUGCUGAGUGAGCUCUGCCCAGGCGGCCGCCAGCCUGAUCGGGGGGGCUCCCAUGGGGUCCCCUCCUUGUCUCGCCCCUCUGAAUCACCAGACCUCGCAUUGGCCACCCCUUCCUCUGUCCUGCUUUCCCUCCCUGCUCUUUGGCCUCCUCCUAGUCACCUCACAAGCUUAUCAUCCUCUCUUUAAAACACUGUCUGUUACAGUGGAUUCUCUGGGGAAGGGGAAAUAUCUUUGGGCAAGUCAGUUUAGGAGCAAAUACAUGCCUUGACAGGAGCUGCAGUACAGAAACUGGGUGUGGUGAGUAAUAGAGCAUUUUGCAAAUGUUAGCCCCCACCCUCCCACUCUGUUUUGUUUUUGUCCUCAGCACUUAUGCCAAGUCCUGUGGAAUUCUGCUUCUGGAACAGUGUCAUCCAAUAGCAGCACGAGGCAAGCCACAUGUGUAAUGUUUAAUUUCCUAUGGACACAUUUUAAGUAAAAAGAAACAGGCAAAAUUCUUGUUUAUACUAUAUUUUGCUUGACCCAGUAGAGCCACAAUAUGAGCAUGUCCACAUGGAAUCAACAUAAAAAUAUUAAUGAAAUAUUUUUACAUUUCUUUUUUCCGUAUUGCCUUUGAAAUCUGGCCUGUACUUUUUACCCUUGCAGCAUAUCUCAGUUUAGACUAGCCACAUCCUAAGUGCUCAAUAGCCAUGUGGGGCGAGUGGCUUCUGCAUUGGAUAGAGCAGGUCUAGAGAAAGGCUGCUUUUCAUGUAGGAGUUGUUCAAAGCCCUUCCUCCCUGCCCUCCUCCCCUCUCUGCACCCCCACCUCGGAGUGAUUUCAACCCCUCACUUGGUUUCCACAACCAUCACUGAGCUCAGAGCUCUCUCUUUUGUCCAGACUCCCAAUCCCCCAAACAGGGGUCUCACAGCACCUCUGACUCAGUGGGGCCAGUGCAGAACUCAACAACUGUCCCCCUACUUCUGCCCUGAACCCUUCUCCUGAUUUCCCUGCCUCUCUCUGCUCAGGACAUGACUUCCAACCCCAUCCCUCAAGGCAGAUAUUGGGGAGACACCCUUACCUACUUCCUUUUUCUCACCCAGUUCUGUCAGCCCAACUUCCUGUGGUGCCUCUGAACUCCAUCUCCCCUCCCCUACCCCAACUGCCAUUCUUAUAGCUCAGAACUUGGCAUUUCUCUUCAUGUGGGGCAUGCAGACCCUCUGUUUACCCUGCUGCCAGAGACUUUUUCUCCAAAAGCACCUGUUUGUCCCCCUUUUACUUUUCUGGCUCCCCAUCAACUCACACACCUGAAAUUUAAGUUUUCCCACAGCUGGCCCCCAAAUUUUCUAACCAGUGCAAUUCAACUUCAGCAACUUUCUCCAGUGGAACUAUCUGUAAAGUAUAGCAUUUGCUUUCACUGUUAAUCAUGGUGCCAGCUACUCCCAUAAGCCUUUUUGGACCUCACCCAUCCCAUCCCACCCUCUGGCCACAAAAGGCCUCCAUCCCCUGGAGCUCCCCUCACACUGUUUAUAUCACAGCACAUCUGUUAUGUGUCAUUGUUUCUGCCUCCCACCCCUUGUUCCAGACUGGAGCCCUGAGGUGUGGUAUCUUAUUCCUUCAUCUCUGACCCCAAUUCUCUAAAUGUAGAUUAAAUUACAGAAACCUGACUUCCAGUCUCGGAUAAUUUACUUCAUGUCUUCAAGUAAUUUCCUUACCCUUCCACCCUCACUCAGCUUUCCCGCCUGUGAAAUUGAGACAGGAAGAGGGCAGGGCACAGCCAUUCAAGGAAUAACACAGUAAUUAACACCAGUAUGAUGGAAGAUUCAACCCCCAGUAGGCCUUGAGGCUCAAGAUGGUGGGAGGUUUGACUUCUAGUAGAACUUGAGCUUCAUUAUAUGCUCAUUGUAAUGUGUUAGCAUGGUGAAUUACAUGCCCACAGAUGUCACGACAGUCCCAAGGCUAGCCACAAAAGGUCAAAGAGUGGGAAAUGGCUGUCUUCCUGGGAAUCCCAGCCCUUUCCCCAGAGUAGUUAGACUGGUCCUUCCACUUAUUAGCAUAUGAAGCUAUGACGC